AGCGCUUUAAGGGGGUGCCGUGCGUAUGUCGGCGAGCGCCGGCACCGACGGGAUCCAUACUUGAAUAGUUUCCCUAAUUUGUUACAAAUAACUACAAACUUGACAUUGGCUAAUCUUUGUAAAGCCAAACGAGAGAGAAAAAAAAAAAUAUUGCUCCAUAUGGCUCCAGAUCGCACUCCAGAGAUUACUAGUCUAUGCAGAUUACUGGUCUGUGGUGCUCUGGAGAAAAAGAUUAAAUCUUUGUGUUAUCUGACAUUGGGAGGAUCCCUCUCCUACCAGCUGAUUUAUUUUAAAAAGGAUUUCAAUGGUUAUUACGAUACUUUCUUACGACCACUGAGCCAACUUCUCGAUCCCGAAUGGGCUCAUAAAAUCGGUGUUUCAGCUAUUAAAUAUGGCAUUUUUCCACAAGAAAGUUUUCAAGAUCCAAAUGUAUUAAAAACAAAAUUCCUGAAAUAUGAACUUAGUAACCCAAUCGGGAUAGCAGCUGGCUUUGACAAACAUGGUGAUGCUGUCACAGGCUUAAGACGCUUAGGAUUUUCAAUUGUAGAAAUAGGUUCUGUUACACCGGAACCACAGCCUGGCAAUCCAAAACCACGAGUAUUUAGACUACCAGAGGACAAUGCUGUCAUUAAUAGAUAUGGUUUUAACAGUGAAGGACACAAUGGUGUAUUCCAAAAAGUUAAAAAUUUAGACAAAGCUUUGCUGCAAAAUGGACUGUUAGGAAUAAACUUGGGCAAAAACAAAAACUCCAUUGAUGCUACUCAAGAUUACAUUUCAGGCAUUAAAAAGUUUUAUGAUGUAGCUGACUACUUUGUGAUAAAUAUUAGCAGUCCCAACACACCUGGGUUAAGGUCAUUGCAAAACAAAGAAGAGUUACAGAAACUUUUGGCUGCAGUCAAUAAAACAUUAAAUACAUUACAAACAGAGACAAGACCACCCCUUCUUCUAAAACUUGCACCAGAUUUAAGUCUGGAAGAAAUUAAAGAUAUUGUAGCAGUAAUUAUGAAAAAAGAUACCAAGGUUGAUGGUCUUAUUAUUGCUAACACAACAAUAGAAAGACCUUCACUUAUAAACAAGGUAUAUGCUAGUGAAGUUGGGGGCCUUAGUGGAAAACCUUUAGCUAAUAAAUCUACAGACAUGAUAAGAACAGUAUACAAACUAACAAAGGGCAGCAUUCCUAUAAUUGGUGUUGGUGGGGUGUUUUCUGGCCAGGAUGCAUAUGACAAAAUAUUAGCUGGUGCCAGUGCAGUACAGAUAUACACAGCUCUUAUUUAUCACGGCCCUCCUAUCGUUACCAAGAUAAAGACUGAACUUGCUGAAUUGUUAAUAAAAGAUGGAUAUGGUAAUGUCAGUGAAGCUGUCGGUAAAGGAUUGAAAUGAUUCACAAUGUUAUGUUGCCAAAAUAAUUUUAUUACAUGGUAUAUAAAUAUUAU